AUGUUCAGGAGACAUAAGUCCAGCACUCUUGAGCACAAGAAAGAUCUUGCCAUCCAGGGAUCAGUAUUGCCUGCACCUCAUAAUGACAUGAAAAGUUUUUUCAACUUAUCCCAGCUUGUACUUACUGCUGGCCACCUAAGACCACUGCCAGUUCUUAGACAUUCAAAAAUCACUUACGUUGAAGUGGAGAUUCUUGAUGCCCACAGCAAAAAGCAGAUCUGUGUAGUGGAUAAGAUGCCACCAUCAUCAACACUUCUUGAUGUAAAACAUAAGUUUCACAAAAUAUGUCCACAAUGGUACCCAUCUCGGAUAGGCCUGCGACUAGAACGCAAUGGGCCAUAUUUAAGAGAUUCUGCUAAUGUAAAGAGUCUUGCAGCAUCUUCUAUUAUUACACUGUAUUUCACAGACAUGGGACAGCAAGUUAGCUGGAUAACAGUUUUUCUAACUGAAUAUACAGGUCCUCUUCUAAUCUAUCUGCUGUUUUAUUUUCGCUUCUCAACUGUUUACGAUGCAAAAGAAAGUGCAAGAUGUUUACGGCAUCCUGUGGUUCAUUUGGCCUGCAUCUGUCACUGUUUACAUUAUAUCAGGCUGCUUCUGGAAACUCUCUUUGUGCACAAGAUUUCAGAAGGACAUACACCACUGAAAAAUAUGAUCAAG